UGCGUACUUGCGUAUUGGUGGGACGUCGUCGUAUGGUGGCACUUCGCACUCGCGCUCUCGAGUUUCAACCCACCGCAAGCACCCUCAAUCGAAUCGAAUCGAACAUACAUUCCAAUUUCCAAUUAGAAAGAAGAAACAAAAUCCAUUUCCUAAUAGCCAUGGUUUAGCUUCAAACAUGGCAUCGCUGAACCCUAACCAAAGUUUCUCCCUCUAAGAUCUCGAUCCUUUUCCGAUUCCGAUCCGAUCCAAUGGCAGGGGCAGUCUCUGCUCUCUUCCUUCUCGACAUCAAAGGCCGCGUCCUCAUUUGGCGCGACUACCGCGGCGAUGUCUCCGCCGUCGAAGCCGAACGCUUCUUCACCAAACUCAUCGAGAAAGAGGGGGAUCCGGAGUCUCAAGAUCCGGUUGUAUAUGAUAAUGGUGUGACCUACUUGUUUAUACAGCAUAGCAAUGUUUUCAUCAUGACGGCUACCAGGCAAAACUGCAAUGCAGCUAGCCUCCUUUUCUUCCUACACCGUACUGUUGAUGUGUUUAAGCAUUAUUUUGAAGAAUUGGAAGAGGAAUCUCUUCGGGAUAACUUUGUUGUUGUGUAUGAACUACUUGAUGAAAUAAUGGACUUUGGCUACCCCCAAUACACCGAGGCUAAGAUUCUUAGUGAGUUUAUCAAGACGGAUGCCUAUAGAAUGGAAGUUACACAGAGGCCUCCCAUGGCCGUGACAAAUGCUGUAUCCUGGCGCAGUGAAGGGAUAAACUACAAGAAAAAUGAGGUUUUCUUGGAUGUGGUGGAGAGUGUUAACAUACUUGUCAAUAGCAAUGGACAAAUAAUUAGGUCUGAUGUUGUUGGGGCAUUGAGGAUGAGGACAUAUCUGAGUGGUAUGCCUGAGUGUAAACUUGGAUUAAAUGAUAGAGUAUUGUUAGAGGCACAAGGUAGAACAACCAAGGGAAAAGCAAUUGACUUGGAGGACAUCAAAUUUCAUCAGUGUGUGCGCUUGGCUCGGUUUGAGAAUGAUCGAACAAUUUCCUUUAUCCCUCCUGAUGGAUCAUUUGAUUUAAUGACAUAUAGGCUCAGUACACAGGUUAAGCCUUUAAUUUGGGUGGAAGCACAAGUUGAAAAGCAUUCAAAAAGCCGGAUUGAGAUUAUGGUAAAGACUAGGAGUCAAUUUAAGGAACGUAGUACUGCCACAAAUGUCGAGAUUGAGUUACCUGUGCCUGCUGAUGCAACCAAUCCAAGUGUUCGGACAUCAAUGGGAACUGCAUCAUAUGCACCUGAAAAAGAUGCAUUAAUCUGGAAAAUAAGAUCAUUUCCUGGAGGCAAGGAGUACAUGUUAAGGGCAGAGUUUCGUCUUCCCAGUAUAAUAGAUGAGGAAGCAGCUCCUGAGAGAAAAGCUCCUAUACGUGUAAAAUUUGAGAUACCAUAUUUUACUGUGUCUGGGAUACAGGUAAGGUAUUUGAAGAUUAUUGAGAAAAGUGGGUAUCAGGCUCUUCCAUGGGUGAGAUACAUUACAAUGGCCGGAGAGUAUGAACUGAGGCUUAUUUGAGAUUUGUGUCUUUGUUUGGUAUUCACAAAAUAAUUGUAUCUUUCAAUGAUCGUGGAUGGAGGAGGGAGUCUUACGUCAAUUUUUGGCCCACCUCAUCAGAUUAUAAAUUACUCGUUGUCUAGAAAGUUGUCAGCUGAAAAUCAUGAGUUGGCAAGUGUAAGCCAGAAACUCUUGCAAGUCCCGUUGGUCAAAUCUCUUUUGAUUGGGGGAAAUGAUUGGUUCUCCCUCUUCUUUCUUAGGCUUUGUUUGUAAUCACAAUCUGUCCACUUUUUCCAAAGUCUUCAAAUUGUAAUCUGGUAUACAUUUUAAAGAAAAUUCUAGGGUUUUGUAUUACCAAGUAAAUGAGUUAUAUUAGACCAAUUAUAGAUAGGGAAAUAAUUGUCCCACAGUCAUGUAUGAACGAUAAAAUAUAAAUUAUUAUUUUUAUAUAUAUUUAUUCACAAA